AAGCCACAGGUGGCAGAUUGCGCCUUUACGCGCUCCACUCAACAUGUGUAGCCUUUCUGCGGUGACCAGGACGCUCCGACUCACAGUUCACCACCGCCAGACAAUGUCAGUGGCGCAGGACGGCUUUGUUACUGGUGGUCGGAGGUUCAAAUCCGGAGCCAGCAGACACGUAGGACAAAAUUGGCUGACAACGAUAGAAACAACUCCGGGGAAGUACAAAACAAUAGACGAUCUACGUGGACCUAGUUUGGCCACGACGGUGUAUUGGCUGUUCGUGAAGGGAUAUGCAGAUAAGAGCCAUGCGAUGCAGGUUGAACACAAGAAACUGUACGGGCCCAUCUGGCGCUCGCGGUUCGGCCCGUUUGAUGUGGUGAACGUGGCGUCUCCAGAGCUUAUAUCCCAGGUGAUCCGUCAGGAGGGCCGCUACCCAGUCCGGACAGAGCUGCCACACUGGAAGGAGUACCGCGAUAUGAGGGGACAGGCCUAUGGACUCCAUGUGGAUAAAGGCCUACAGUGGUACCGUAUCCGUAGUGUCCUGAAUCCAAAGAUGCUGAAGCUAGCGGAGGUGUCUGCGUACGCGCCUGUCAUCCACCAGGUGGUAGGGGACCUGCUACAGCGUAUUGAGAGGCUCCGCCUCCGCAGCCAGGACCACACCACCGUACCAGACCUCACCGCAGAGCUCUACAAGUUUGGCUUUGAAGGGAUCUCUUCCAUCCUGUUUGAGACGCGGCUGGGUUGUCUGCAGGAGGAGAUCCCUAAGGACACGCUGAAGUUCAUCGCUGCAGCCAACGACAUGCUAACCCUGUCUGAGACCGUCCUCUUCCUCCCGCUCUGGACACGCAACGUCUUGCCCUUCUGGAAACGAUUUAUCCAAGCCUGGGACGACCUGGUGAAUGUAGCUCAGGGUCUGAUUGACCAUAAGUUGGCGCAGAUGGAUGCCCAGGUGCUUGCUGGGAAGAAGUUGGACGGGAUGUAUCUCACCUACCUGCUGUCCUGUGAUAAACUGACCCUGGGAGAGGUGUACAUCAGCAUCACAGAGCUGUUGCUGGGCGGAGUGGACACGACGUCCAACACCUUGUCGUGGGCAUUGUACCAGUUGGCCCGCGACGCCGCGUCUCAGGACAGGCUGUACCGUGAGAUCAUGUCCGUGUGUCCGGGAAGACAGCAGCCCAGAUCAGAGGACCUGAGCAGGAUGCCCUACCUGAAGGCUGUCAUCAAGGAGACUCUGAGACCCAGUUCCAUCUGUGUCACUAUGCUGCCAGUCAUGACGAGGGGGAGUUUGUGGAUGCAAAGUGUUUCAGGCCUGAGCGUUGGCUGCGAGGGGACCCAGAGUCGUACCAACACCACCCCUACAGCUCUAUACCCUUCGGGGUGGGCGUGAGAGCCUGUGUGGGCAAGAGAGUGGCAGAGCUAGAGAUGUACUUUGCCCUCUCCAGGGUGAAUAAGAGAAGUAUUUAAUUGAGAUUUUCAAGGAAGUAUCGAGUAAUAAAAUGCCAUCAGUGCCAAAAUGAUGUUACCAGACGGUUGAAGGUGAUUGUUGUUGGAUGAUUUUGUCCAUCAUCUGUGGUGAUUGGCUAAUGGUAAGUCCCCAGAAGCAAUCGGAGAGAGUGUGGGAACUUAAGUGUGCAACACUUACUACAGGGGUGACAAACCCCAUUUUUAUGAGCUGCGCAAUAUUCUGCUUUUACUACCCCAGUUGCCAAAAUUUGGCAUGGGAUAUUAUAAAAUACUUAAUUUAAUGGUUGUAAACUGAUUCUCUGGCUAGAGAGACGUCAGACAACCAGGUGGCCCAUUAACACUAAACCCUUGACCUUGAACUCUUGUCGCCCCGCUACAGCUGAUGCAGCAUUAUGAGAUCCAGCCAGAGGAUGGGGCCCCGACCACAGAGCCCAAGACUAGAACACUGCUCAUCCCGUCCAAACCCAUCAACCUGCGCUUCCUACCCCGAGCCUGAGGAGGGUGCCAGGGAGUUAUAGAAAGGGAUUGACAGGAGGGUCUGGUGUUGUGCUGUGAUGUGGUAACCUCCAGUCCCCUAGAUCCCCUUAAACAUAGCCGCAGGAAGUAGUUUGGGUGGGGGGCGAUGCUGAAAAAUAAAGUUUGCUCGUGCUACAGAUGGCUAUAUUGGUCCGCUAAUACAGGACUAUUAAAGGCUCAGUAUUAUACUUUUGUGAAAAAACAUUUUCUAAAUAUAUAUAUAUAUAUUUUUUUAUGCUGAUUUUUCAGGGGGAGCAGUAAAUCAAAUCAAAUCAAAUAUAUUUGCAAGCAAUGCAGGUGAAGAAGCA